AGUCGAGGCGCCCCACCAGCGACAUGGCGUCAGCUGAGGGAGCGUAGAAGCUCUCCCGUGUGACGAAGUCUGAUCGGACUACAUUUAUCCUGGCAGUGGCGGGAGAGAAAAGUGUUUCUUCUUCAUACUGUGCUUGAAACGAUUCCGUUCGCUUUGCGGUGCAGUUACAAAAUGCCAGUGUUGUUCCUCUGUAAGCAAAGUCGCCAGAAAGACUUGAUGAGAAUGCUGUGCUUGGUGGCGUUACUUCUACUGUGUCUCGGUCUGCAAGAGACGCAAGGAGACGAGAUAGUUAACAAUACUUUGAAAGUUCUGAGUGACUUGCCUGAACUGGCCCCAGCUCUGGAGACGUCCUUCUUCACCCUUUUACAACCCGCACUUCAGGUCCUAGAAGUCAGAGCUCAAGAAUCAACCGGCGACAAUCCGGGGACUUUCUGCUACGGGGAAUUGGGAUGUAUUUCCAAUUCUAAGGACUUUUAUCAUCCCAUUCAUCGACCGUUGAACUUUCCUCCCGAAACAAGGGAAGAAGUCGGAGUUAAUUACAGAAUUAGAUCGAAGGAGGAUACCACAGGGGUGGUUGUGCCUUGGAACAAUAUCGAGAAAGUUAAGCAGUCAACAUUUAAAGGGAACAGGCUAACUAAAUUUAUCGUCCAUGGCUACUUAAAUGGCAAGGAUAUGCCCUACAUAGAAGAAAUAGGAAAUAGCUUUUUGCGGCACUACGACGUAAACAUCGUAUGGGUCGACUGGACGAAUGGGUCUAUAUCCCUCUAUAACCAGGCAGUGGCGAACGCGCGCCUCGUGGGUCUCGAAAUUGCCUAUUUGAUAAGAUGGCUUCAAGGAAACAUGGGUCUAAACCCGGGAGAUGUUCAUAUUAUCGGCCACUCCUUAGGAGCGCACAUUGCUGGAUAUGCAGGAGAGAGAACGCCGGGAUUGGGCCGAAUCACCGGCUUAGAUCCAGCUGAGCCGUUCUUCCAGUACCUUCCGGAAACGGUUCGUCUCGACCCAUCCGAUGCAAGAUUCGUAGACGUCAUUCACACAGAUUCAGAAUCCAUCUUUAACAUUGGACAAGGGUUUGGUUUGCGACAACCAGUAGGUCACUUGGACUUCUAUCCAAAUGAUGGAAAGCAGCAAGUUGGAUGUGAACCACCUCUGGUUGCUCCGUUAAGAUGGUUAUCUAGAGGAACGGCUUUUAAGAAAGUUUGGCACGCCGUUGAGGAUGCCCUUGGCUGCAACCACAAGAGGGCCGUUGAACUGUUCGUGAAUUCGAUUGAAAGCCAGUGUCCUUACAUGGCUUUUCGGUGCGACUCGUAUGAGGAUUAUAAAUCGGGCAAAUGUGCUUCGUGUGGUAUUGAUGGCACUGGCUGUGCUCCCAUGGGUCUUCACGCAGAUUCCUGGCUUGGAGUCGGAACGGGGAAAAAUUUAGUGCAGCUUUUUACAUCAACCGGGGCUGCGCCAAAUUUCUGUCGGUAUCAUUACAAAGUGAUUGUGGAACUGGGCGAAUUACCAGGAACGGGGUGGGACAGGAUGGGCAAACUCUACGUAGCCUUCACGGAUGGAAAUGGGCAACAGAUGUCUUUCGAUCUCACUUCAGGACGUCCCAAGCAAUUUACCUCCAGAGGUCAAUAUACCUUCUUCCUCGAGCACAAGGACGACUUUGAGGACGUGAAAGAAGCCCAGGUAAAGUGGGCAAUGUCUCGUCGCGGAUCGAGUUCGCCGCAAGCCAGUUUAUCUCUACAAAAUCUUGCCUUCCGAAAUGUUGACACUUACCCACUCAGGAAUAGUAUUGGUCGGAGCGGCAGGAGUGAAAGUACUUUCUUCUUCUGUGGGAAAUCUAGAGACCCAGUCAUAGUCACUGACCAGGAAACAGUUAAGGUGGAAAUGACUCCAGAUUGCUCUGCAUCUUGAUGAUUUCUUUGCGGUCGUCUAUUUUAUUGUUACUGUUGCCCAGUCAGCGUUUAGGACGGCCCAGCUAGCCAGCGAAUUUCCUAUUUGGAUUAGGUACACGAUUUUAUUGUAUAGGACAGCUUGACUAGAUCGUAACUCGAAGGAAGUUCGGCGUUGUCUAUUUUUUUUUUAUGACGAUACCAAUGAGUAUUAUUUCAUUUGAUUACAUUUGUUUGUCGUGCAAACUGAGAAAUUGACAGAAAUUCAAAACUGCUAAUACUGUUUAUCCUCUUCCGCAUGACGUCGAGGACAUUUGUCAAGAGAACACAUGAGAUCGUAUGUACCUUCAUGUAUUAAUUUGAUAAGCUGUUGUUGCGCCGGUUUUAGUAGUCUGCACUUGUUAUUCAAUGUUGUUAUUGUAAAUAUCAUACCGUUGUUGUCGGGGCCAGUUCACUUUCGUAAAACCGUAAUCCUAAGCUCUUUGGAUAACCAGUGCUACAAAAAAUAUGAGCCGUCGUUUGACGUUUUUUUAGCAGUCUCCUUUUCGUAUCGAUGACUCACCCGCCUUUUGGGUAAAUUGGACUGAAACCUAUCAUUCAUAUUGGUUGUCAUGGGUGGUAGUUUUCCCGUUAGUUCUGAUAACGCACCAAGGGGGAAAUGGUGCGAAUGAUAUUGUCAAAAUCUCAUUUGAUCUAAUUCUUGCAGUAAUCCGCGAUAGGUUAGAGUGGAGUACGCGUGUUUACAAUUGCGAUGUAUAUAUCGUGUUUCCUAUGGCCUGCUAGACUCAGUGAGACUAAAGGCACACGGUGAAGCAAAGAAUACCACUGUGGAAAGCAUUUUAAACUGCAAAGCCGUAACCACAAGGACCAGUUUGCAGACCCCACGAGUUGUUAAUUUUAAUUUGAUUUAUUAACUUUAUUAAGUGUCAGGUUAGAAUUCCCCGAGGCCUCUGAAACACUCAAUGGAGAACUAAGAUAGAUAAGACCUUUCCAUUUAUACUGCGGGAGAACGAUGAGAUCUGGAUUUUCAGAUGCGAUAUACCAAAGGUUAAAAUGGUUUCCAUGGAGGACAGAAUCUGCACCAUCCAGUUUGCCAAUUCGUUACCAUAAUAAGACAGAGACUCGUAACCGAAGGGUCUCCUUUUUUUAAUUUAUUUUUAUUUUUUUAGUGAGUAACUUUAGAGGUAUGUUUUUCAUAAGUUAUUGUAAUUUUUUUAUUAACAAUUUGUAAAGAAUGGAUGCGCGCACAUGGAAGUAUGAUUUUUAAUUUUUAAUGUUACCCAUAUAGUGUGAUUCAAGUUCAUAAAUUCUGAAUGGUGAAAUUUCUAUCAUUAUUUGAACAACUAUGCGUUUAAGUAUGAGAAGCUAUUUGUCUAGGUCUCGUUUUCCGUACGCAUUAAACUGCAUGAUUACCCUAAAUGCAAAUAAAGAUUACUGUAUUACUUACUUAGCAUAGCCGCAAAAUGGCACAAGGGCCAAUCGCAACUGCCUUACUAAAGAAAAUAUAGUUGUCGCUCUUUAAGAUUUUGCUAGCUCGAGCUAGCACACUCUUCAGCUAACAGGUCAGUAGGUAAAGUCAUCCAUUGUCAGCUGGCAGAAUAGGUCUGUAGUAUCUCUGUCAUAGCUAUCAUGAAUACCAAUAAACAGACAAUGCUCAAUUUUUAGUACAAAACCAUCAACAUAUUUGUUGAUAGUCUUUAGCUAGUUUCUUGAUGACAUUUCAGUUGCAAAUUUUAUAGACUAUACAAUAAAUGAGGCUGCACAGACUGAAGGAAAGUUUUAAUUUGCAGAAGAUUCUGAUGCUGCGACAUUAAAUUAGCCUUUAGAUAUUAAGGACUGGUAAAUAGUAGAGAGAAUUGUGUGAGCAGGGCUUGUCUUUAAAAUUGGUAUUGAAAUAUUUCAGUUUGCAUUAUUUUUUUCAUAAAAGCCAUUUAAAAUUAUAAGUAUUCGAGCAAUUUAUAGAAAUAUCUCGUCAGUCAUGCUGACCUUUGUUAUCAUGACAGUGGAAGCAUUGAAAAUCUAACUUGACACGUGAGCUUUGUAGGGCACUCUAGGUAAGUGUUUUACCUUUGAAGACUUCACCAAUGAAAAGUUGGUUUCAAGUUUGAUGAGCAAUAUACUCGUAUCAUCAGUUCGAAUAUCUAAUCCGUCAAGCCUUAAGGACACGUCUUGCUUACUGUAUAUAGGUUUUUCAUAACAUUAAUUUUUGUCAUUUUAUGUAGUUUUUAAGAAUCGAGUCAAAGUCGCUGAAAUUGUACUUAGCCGGGAACCAUGAGUUCCAUGUAAUUUUAAGAGAUCAUAAUUGCCAGUGAUUUUAUUCAUUAAUCUUAAUGUUAUUUUACAUGCUAGUGUAUAUAUUUUGGGAUGAAUUGGCAUUAUAGUUACAGACUGAGUAACGAAUUAAUUGAUUCCAGAUCAUUUUGACUUUUAUGAACCAUUAAUUUUACUUCCCCUGCUCCCCAAGUAACGGGUACUGUAUUUUGAAGAGCCAGAACUCUAACUUCCACUUUCUUUCAUAUGUACCAGAAUUACAAUGUCUACCAUUAGGCUUUAAGCAACUUUAUGUUAUGACAGCACGGGCAUAAUAUGAUUAACGUGUGGAGAGAUCAAAUGAUCUAUUUUACCACUCGUGAGAGACUGUGGCUGGUACCCAACCAGUGUUUCCUAUUUUGGUGUAGUAAUUCAAAGGAAACCUUAACAAGAAUCAACGACGAACACAGCUCACAAUAUAUGAUCGGAGUGUAAAAAAAAGGAUAAGUUCACAGAUGUAACCCUUUGUGCUAUUGUACGAUGCUGAUUGACUAUACUGUGCAAGGUCUGAUUAAACCAUAUUUUAUGUGAAAGAUAACUAUUUAUAAUUUAGCUGUUACACCAAGAGAAAAAGAUACAUUCUUACGAAAGUAAUGUAAUAAAAAAUAAAAAAUUACAGCUGUUGUAUAAAUGUACACAAAGAUCUGCUUUGUAACAUUAUGGGUAUGUAGUUUAAAUGGUAAAACCUUUUUUUCUCAUACGAUAAUUCCCCAUGAACAACCAUAACCUCAUAAAAUUUAGAGGACGCCCUUUAUGAAUAAAUAAAGUGAAUAUAAAGUGA